UCAAUAUAUAUCUAUACUAUUAUAUAUGUGAGCACAUGACUUGGUGUCUAAUAGUGUGGUAGCUUCUCCUUCUGCCACGUGGCAAAUUUUUCUAUCCUAAAAUAAAAAAAUGUUAUUCAAAGGCAUGAGUAAGAUUUGAACCCAAGACCUUGGGUUUCAUUAAGAACACUCUUACCAUUUAGACAAUAUACAUAUUAUUGCAUUAAUUUCUUUAUUAUUUGUUUUUAUGCUUAUUUAUCUGAAUUGCACAUGCAUCGCAUGUGCCACACCACUAGUAUAUAUAUAUAUAUUUGUGUCUUUUGGUAUAAACCCAAAAUUUAAGGAUGAUAAUUGCAGAGUAUUCCAAAUUGAAAAGUUGGAGACAACGAAGUCUUUGUUCAUUGUGUGUAUAAACUGUACGAUAACAUUAGAAACGUAGAAGAAGAGAAGAGAAGAUGCAAAUAAUUCCCAGCAAUUGCCAGAGAAAUGUUGGGUUUGGCAAAGCUUGGAAUUUACUUACAGCUUUUCAAACUUGCGUACUGAAGCCAGCCCAACCAAACUACAUCUACUCUCCUUUUGACUACACAAGCCUUGAAGACGCUUCACCAGACUACACUUCACUGAUUCGAAAAUGUAUAGAGACAAAAUCCAAAACAGACUUAACAAUGAUUCAAACCCAUAUGCUGAAAUCUGGGUUUCCUCACUUCAGUUUAGGCAAUAAGCUCAUUGAUGGGUUUCUCAAGUGCGGUAGCAUCAAUGACGCGCGUAAAUUGUUUGAUGAAUUGCCGCACAAAUACACAGUCACUUGGAAUUCGAUGAUUGCCUCUUGCAGUAGGCAUAAAAGAAGUGAAGAGGCUAUGAGGCUUUUUGAGAGGAUGGUUUUGGAGGGUGUUCUUCCAGACGAAUUUACUUUUUCUAGUGUUUUUAAGGCAUUUUCUGAUCUGGGUCUUGUUGGUGAAGGCCGGAGAGCUCAUGGGCUGUCUGUGGUCUUGGGUUUGGAGGUGUCAAAUGUGUUUGUUGGUAGCGCACUUGUUGAUAUGUAUGCCAAGUUUGGGAAUAUGAGGGAUGCCCAAUUGGUUUUAGAUCGAGUGGUGGACAAAGAUGUUGUUUUGUUUACGGCUUUAAUUGUUGGUUACUCCCAACGCGGUGAAGAUGGUGAAGCAAUGGUGGUUUUUGGAAAUAUGAUUAAAGAGGGCGUUAAGGCUAACGAGUAUACUUUUGCAAGCAUUUUGAUUUCUUGUGGGCAUUUGGAGGAUUCAUUUAUGGGGAAGUUGAUUCAUGGAAUCAUUAUCAAAUGUGGAUUUGAAUCUGCUGUGGCUUCACAAACUUCACUCCUUACUAUGUAUUCUAAAUGCGGCUUAGUUGUUGAUUCUCUCAAAGUUUUUAAGCACUUUGUAAACCCAAACCAAGUCACUUGGACAUCGCUGGUUGUUGGUCUUGUGCAAAAUGGUAGAGACGAGAUUGCUCUGUCAAAGUUCCGUAAAAUGAUCCGUAGUUCAAUAAAUCCAAAUUCUUUUACAUUGUCAAGUGUUCUUCGUGCAUGUUCAAGUCUUGCAAUGCUUGAACAAGGAAAACAAAUCCAUGCCAUGGUUGUGAAAUUUGGGUUGGGCAGAGAUAAAUAUACAGGAGCCGCACUGAUCGACUUAUAUGGGAAAUGUGGGAGUGUAGAUAGGGCCAGAUCAGUUUUUGAUGAUUUGUUUGAAUUAGAUGUGGUGCCUGUGAACUCAAUGAUCUAUAGCUUUGCCCAGAAUGGUUUUGGUCAUGAGGCGCUGUCAUUAUAUAACAGGAUGAAAGAGUUAGACCUUGAACCUAAUGAUGUAACACUCGUUAGUGUUCUCUCAGCUUGCCGCAAUGCAGGGUUGGUUGAGGAAGGCUGUAAAAUCUUUGCAUCCAUUGAGAGUAAUGAUAACAUCAAACUAACAAAAGAUCACUAUGCUUGUAUGGUUGAUUUACUGGGGCAUGCUGGGAGACUUAUAGAGGCGGAAAUUUUAAUAAAGCGGGUCAAAAAUCCAGAUGUGGUUCUGUGGAGGACACUGCUUAGCGCAUGUAGGAUUCAUGGGGAGGUCGAUAUGGCAGAGAGAGUAAUGAAUAGAGUGCUUGAACUUGCACCAGGGGAUGAGGGGGUUCAUGUCCUGUUGUCAAAUCUUUAUGCUUCAACUGGUAAUUGGAACCAGGUGGUUGAGAUGAAAAGCACAAUGAGGGAAAUGAGAUUGAAGAAGAAUCCUGCAAUGAGUUGGGUUGAUGUUGGUAGGGAGGUUCAUACUUUCAUGGCUGGUGAUUGGUCUCACCCAAAUUCUAGAGAGAUAUACAGAAUGGUAGAGGAAUUGAUUGAGAAGGUCAAGGACUUGGGAUAUGUCCCAGACACAAGAUUUGUUUUGCAGGAUUUGGACGAGAAGGAAAAAGAGAGGUCUUUGUAUUGUCAUAGUGAGAAGCUUGCUGUAGCCUUUGCUCUAUUGAGGAGCAGUAACAACACUACUAGUAUUAGAAUUCUCAAGAACCUUAGAGUUUGUGGGGAUUGUCACAAUUGGAUCAAAUUUGUAUCAAGAGUUGUUGGGAGAGAGAUAAUUGCUAGAGAUGCAAAGAGAUUCCAUCACUUUAGCAAUGGGUUGUGUUCCUGUGGAGAUUAUUGGUGAAUAAUUUUGUGACGUCCAUUUCUCUUUCUGGGCUCCUCAACUAUAAGUUAGUCUGGUCAAAUUGUUGUCAUUCUGUACUGCUGAUUGGUCCACCAAUUUUUUGUUUAUUUGUAAUUGAUUGAUCAACACUUGCAUCACGAGUUGCAACCAUAAUUGAUUGAUUAAUUGAUAAACACCUGCAUCACGAGUUGCUGCCCAGUGGCUGAUUCAUGUGUGUGUGCUUCCAUAAUUUGAGACAGGUGAGGCCU